AUGCCAAUAAUCGAGAUGACUAUUCGGCGUGUGAAUCUGAGUGCACGACUGCACACCAAUGAAACAUAUGAAUCUUAUUUUAAGCGUCGUAUUGCAGCCGUUGUUAGUAAUUAUUGCGAGCAGCAGGCGGACGAAUGUAUGGCUACUACGCUUAGGUUAAAAAAGGAAAACAUCGUGCUUUUGAAUGUCAAUGUAAAUGAUGACCAGUCAACAACAGUGGGCUUUGUUGUUACAAAAAGUCAACGACGCAGUAUGCUUGGUGACCAGACAAUCAUGGAUUCCACCAAAGUUAAAUAUAUUCUGUCGGCGCAGCUGGCAUCUUUAUCCCGAGUUCUGGGAGGUGUCCGAAUCGAGCGAGUCGAGACGGCUAUGCUUCGGCGGGAGGGCAUCGGCGCUUCACGAGAUAACACACGCCUUAUAAUCAUCCUCUCCAUUGUUGCAAUAUUUCUCAGUGUUACGUAUAUUAUUGCUGCUGUUCGAGUCUGCAGGUUAGCCUUAUGA